AUGGGACAGCCGCCCUCCCGGGUCUCCUGGCUGGCGGCUCACGUCCUCCCCCCUUUGGACCGGGGGGGGGUCAUCCCGGUCUGCAGCAGCACUAUCCAGCGCACCAACCUGGACCUAUUCAACCACCCUGGCGGGGAACAUCACCCGGGCGCCAGUCCACAAGAUGGCCGCCGCCAUGUGCGCGAGCUGCUAGAGCAAUUGAGCUGA